AAGCACGACCGGCGGCGAGAAAGGCCCCCGCCACGGCCGUUUGUGUCUCCCUUCGAGCUUUGAGAGUCGUCGUUCUCCACGGUAGUAGAGGAGGAUACAGCUGAUAUCUAAUUUGGUCCUGCCGUACGCCGACGAGUUGCGUCCCAAACGCCCAAGAAAACGUUUCUGCGGAGAAGCUCCCAGUCAAAAAACGCCAAAUAAGUAAGAAACUGUGAGGGGAUUUUUUUACAAGGGGUGAACGCAGCAUCACCAGAUUCGAGGGCACUUUUUCGCACAGUCCAGAAGAGCAAGAUGCGUCUCGCUUUUCUCGUGAUCCUCGCGCUCUGCGUUUACCUGAGCGAGGCAGGCCACAAGGGCUCGGAGGAGCGAUGGGACAAAGGAAAGAAGUACGACGGGCGUUACGAGAAAUACAACAAGCACGAGAAGUACGACAAGAGCGACAAGUACAAGAAAUACGACAAGUACGAAAAGAAGUAUGAAAAGCACAGCCCUGAGCCCAGGGAUGAGGGCUACUACAGCAGGGAGAGUAUCGACAGCGACGAGUCGAAUGAAAUUGACCACGGCAGGGACGAAUACCAGCCCCGAUACAAUGACCAGAGGUAUCAAGGUGGAAAGGGAUACUACGAGAAGGAAUUCAAGCACAACAAGUACGAAAAAUACCACAAGCGCGAUGAGUUCAAGAAAAACUACCACAACGACGAGCGUAAUAAAUACGAAAAGAAGCACGACAAGUACCAGAAGAACUACAACAAACACCACGACUACCCUGAAGCGGAUAAUUUUUUUGAAGAAGCGGUGCAGUUUUCCAAGCGUCGCCUGUUUUCCGUCCAUGAGGAUGACGACCACUUUUUCGACGACGUGAAGCAAUACGAGCUGAAGAGGAACCAGCAACAGCAGCAAUACCACCCCAAUCAGCACAACAGGUACCAUGCCCAACCCCAGCAUCACCAGCAGGAGAGAUACUGGAAGGAGCCUGAGCGUAAUGAAAGGUACGAGCGCCUCGCCGGCGGCGACGGCAUCGUUAACGAACACGGCGGCCCCAGCACGAGGUACAACUGGAAACACGACCGCGAGAACUUCCCCAGGAUGAAAUCCCUGAACAUCGCGCCUCCAGAGAAGACUCGCAAAGGUUUCUCGCCAAACGGUGACCCUCCUGCGCCGAGCGAGGCAGCAAAAAUGGCCCGCUACAUCAUGCACAAAGCAGACUGGGCGUCCGUGGCCACCGAGUCCACACUGCCGCACAGCAAGAAUUACCCUUUCGUCACCGUGCAGUCGGUCAGCGAUGGACCCGUUGAGAAGGGCUCCGGAAUCCCCUACCUGUACAUGACAACGCUCGACUUGACCCCACACGACCUCGCGGUAAACAGGAAGUGCUCGCUAGGCAUGUCCCUUGCUCAAACGGAUUACUGCAAGAACCAGAAACUUGACCCUGAAGACCCUAGAUGCGCUCACCUCACUCUCACUGGUGAAAUGUGGAAGCUAACCAAUGGCACUCAAGCAGCAAAACUGGCUGAAGAAGCUCUGUUCCCUCGUCACCCGUCCAUGGCUGGUUGGCCAAAAGAUCACGAUUUCUUCUUUGCGACCCUGAAGAUCGAGCAGAUCGUACUGCAGGACUGGUUCGGUGGCCCAAAGUUCAUUGACGUUAAAGAUUACCUGAGGGCGAAUCCUUGAAUUUCGAAAAAUCAAUAUCUACAUAUCUUGUCCUGUGUUAAAAAUCCCGUGAUGCUGUUUACUCAGCUUAGUGUCGAAUAAUUAGUUGUAAAUGCAUUGUAAGUUACAUUGGGCUUUCAAUCGGCCGCCGCGCUGGGAUGUUGAAAUAAAUAUGUUUUCUUAAAUAAAUUAUAAAUACAAGGGAAA